AUGAAUCUGAGAUUAGAACUAACCAAAUUUUUAAACUUAUGUUUUGUCUUUGCUUCUGCAUAUAUGUUUUGGGAAACACUUUCGUUAGUAACAAAUACACAUUCUCCGAUAGUAGUAGUUUUAUCUGGUUCGAUGGAACCCGCAUUCCAAAGAGGCGAUAUCUUAUUUCUUUGGAAUAGAAAUGAAAGAGUUAGCGUCGGUGACAUAGUUGUGUAUGAAGUUGAUGGCAAAAGUAUUCCAAUUGUCCAUAGAGUUUUAAGAGAACAUCACAGCCAAGCAGAUGAGUCUAAGCAACUUCUUUUAACAAAAGGUGAUAAUAACGCAGGUAACGAUAUUCCUCUAUAUGCAAACAAGAAGAUUUAUUUGACAAGAAAUAGAGAUAUAGUUGGAACUGUGAAGGGUUACUUCCCCCAAUUGGGCUAUAUUACAAUCUGGGUCUCUGAAAACAAAUAUGCUAAAUUUGCACUACUUGGCUUCUUAGCAUUAAGCUCUUUGGUAAAUGGAGAAUAG